GGUCGACAGUCAUUUUGCUCGUACUAGUGUGCCUCGUGUCGAACAUUGUCUGCUAACAACAUCAUGUCACCACGCAACCAUGACUCUCGGAGGCUCUUAGACCACUUGAGAGUGUUUCUGAAUAUGUUGUCCAGAUAUCUCGCCUCACCCUUACAACUUGUACAUAAUCUGUUUCGAGCCCUUCUGCGGUUAUAUUUCAAAUCCAGGCGCCGGUUCCAGCGCAUUCCCAUAGACGCACAACCAGAGCGAGUUGCUGGCUCAAGCCAGCCCCCCAUCAUUUUCCCGCAGGCUCUGUACAACAAUCAGCUACAGGUCUUACCAUUAACAGGGCCGGCAUCCAAUCCAUCCAUCCCACUAUUGCCGAUCCACGCCCCACCGUCAUCGUCUAGUUAUGUCCUGCAGCCGCCUCCUGCAGCUCUGGUCAACUCCCAGAGCCGAAACUUCGCUGAGUUCAAGCCAUUCAUACCCUCCGAGGUGAUGCGAUACGAUAAAGCUCCUUCAAUCAAACCUGACGUCAAACAAUACGCGCAUAUUAAUCCUCUAACGAGAGACUAUUCAGAUACAAACCAGAAAGACAGUGGAAACUGGCAUGCCCGUGUACACCCUGAAGGAGCGCUCUAUUUUCAUGACUCCGUGCGCGGUAUUUAUACUGACUCGAACUUGCAGAGCGAAGAACGCCGGCGUAACAUAGAUUUAUGUGUGGAUGAACUACUCGCUCACACGGCACCUGGAUUGCAGCUGGAUUGCAACAAGCUCGAGCUCGUGGUGCAGUUGGCAAGGAAGCAAAAGUCCGGGGUUGGAAUUUGCAGGUAUUAUCUUGUUGAUCAUACCAAGCAUCUGCUUUUCUGGCUCCACGAGCUAUCUACGGAUAAGCUUUUUUGUGGAGUCCAGGGUGUUGAAAAGCUGAGCCAUAUCAAGUAUGCUGUUGAACAUCAGUACUGGCAACACUGCGAGUUGUAUCCCAACGAAAAUCUGCCAGGCCCUCAGUUGCUCAAAGAGCUCAAGGAUGUUGUUGUGCAUGCUACCGCUGAGACCAUUACCUCGGAUGUGUCGCUCUCGCCCUUCGAUGGUGAUGAAUUAUCGAAAAUUCUGGACUUGAUCGGCAGACUUCAAGAAAAUGACAAGAACGAAGGUAGCGCCCAUUCUAUCUGUGUCAUAGCCAGGUUUAUGCGGUAUUUCACGCGAGCUAAAUUUUUCAACUUUUGCGGACUGCCUGCUGCCCGUCUGGAUGCGGACCAGUCUGUUUACAUUAAGGAGAAAAGGCACAAGCUGAUAUUGGUUCUUUCGUGGGCCCUCAACGUUGCACUGUUCGGGGCCCCGCAGUCACACAUGAUCGAGCUCCGGCGAGUGUGGGUCGACCGCAGUACCAACUCUCCACGCUGGAAGAACUUUAACAGCAAGCUAAGCAGUGAAUGGUCAGGCAUCACGAUAUAUUCAACUGUGAUGAUAGCCGUGGACGUCAGCUUCCUAGCCGUGCCUUCCGUCGGUCUGCAAGAUCCAGGUUCGGUCACGGUAAUCAGCACAUAUCUUUCCGUUUUUUGCAUCAUCGGAUCGUUGGUCGUGUCCUUGUUUCUUACCAGACAGAAUCGACUAUAUGGGCAGGAAUCUGCUGACACAGCGGUCCAAUUCCUUAAGAUGAUGACAGGAUCUGCGUUUGGCACCAAAGCUCUGGCGACUAUACAUGGUCUUCCAUAUGCUAUGCUAUUAUGGGGCAUGGUGUAUUUUAUGGUUGCGUUCUCUUAUCAAGUUUUCACGACCACGCCUAUCAUCACGCUUGCGACCACUGGGAGCGCAUGCGGCAUUGUGGCACUUUUUACGCUGUGGCUCAUGUGCGCAGCGAGGGAUUUUCAUGUUUCGACACGGUUUCUUGCGUGGCUCCGGGCUUGCAGUUGCAGUUGCAGAUCAAGAAAUAGCACGCAGCCUUAAUAGCGACUCAGCUUAACUAUUUUCCAAAGUUCAAAUUGUGAUGUGUUGUGAUUCGGUUUACUAUUGUACGUAGCAGAAUAUACAGCCGCCGGCAUACGUGUCCAUGACACAGUGGUA